UGAUCUGUUUGUUCGCAAAAUUUCAUCCGAAAAAAAAUCAACCAAUUCAAGACAAGAUUCAACCAACAAAGAUAAUGUGGUGGAAAUUACAACAAUUUGAUUUUCUAUUCGAAUAUGUUGGUAUGACGCCAGAUUUUCGUACCAAACAUCUACUAUGGGUAAAUGUAUCACCAAUAUUGGUUAUAUGGGCAAUUAUAAAUUGUGUUAUAUUUGCAAAAAUAAUCGGUCCAGAAGUGAUGCGUGGCUUACCGGCAUUCGAUGUUCGUUGGUUAAUGUUCAUAUAUAAUAUAACAAUGUCAGCAUGUAAUGGUUUUGCUGUUUAUAAAGUAGUAUCAUUAUCGGAUUAUUUUCGUAUUUUAUUGAAUUUUGAUUAUCCUGAUCGUAUGGAUUGUUCAACAAGAUCAUUUUAUCUAAUACAUCUUGGUUAUCUUUAUUGGUUAUCGAAAAUUCUUGAUUUAUGGGAUACAAGUUUUUUUGUUAUACGAAAAAAAUUUUCACAAAUAACAUUAUUACAUGUUUAUCAUCAUACGGUUGUACCAUUAUUUGGUUUCAUUUUGCUACGUGUUAAUCCAAUAUUACCUUGUGUUUUUCUUUUUACAUUUAUCAAUUCAACCGUACAUGUUAUUAUGUAUUCAUAUUAUGGACUGGCUGCAUUGGGACCAUGGAUACAACCAUAUUUAUGGUGGAAAAAAUAUAUAACCAUAUUACAAUUAUAUCAAUUUGUUUUAUACGGGUUUUAUGGUUUUUUAAUUUGGAUUUUCGGUCAAAAUUAUCCAGUAUUUUGGCUAUAUUUAGGCCUAACACAACCGCCAUUAUUUUUUUGGUUAUUUUUUGAUUUCUAUAUGAAAGCUUAUAAUCGUACAGCAAUGGAUAUAUGGCGUGCAUUAUUAAUGUAUCGUCGUCGUCAUCGUCAUCAUCGACGUGGACAAGAUCGACAAACAAACAAAGAAAUUAAGAAAAAACCGAUUAACAACAUGACCAUUAUGAAUGAUAACAAUGACGAUAAUGAUUUAUAUUUGACGAAAAAAAAUGGUUCAAAAGUUGAUUAAUUACUGCUUUGAGUACUACUUUUAAUU